UAGAAGAUAAAACUGCUUCUUGCCUGUCAAUGUGCUAGGGUGCUAGUAGUUGGGAAUCAGCGCGGAAUCACGGAUUUCACGUAUGUAUACUAGUGGACUCCGCUGACAACAUUUCUACCAACUUCACAUUAUUCUAACGGGGAAUUAGACUUGGAGCGCUGUUGUAACAGUCCAGCCGAAUGAUUUGUACCGGGAUUUGUACGCAACUCUGUUACUGUUAGACUAUCGUAGAGUCCUCGUGUGUCCAAACUUGCCGCCUCGUACGUGCCAAACACAUUUGCAGUUGACAACUUCUCUCAGGUGGUGUAUUUACAUUAGUCGUUCGAAUGCCUGAAAACUUGAACACAGAAAUGACUCUCGAUUCUGAAGCCACGCUACAAGGCAGGGAACCGGCAUGGUUACACCGGGAACUUACCACGAACGAUAAUUUGGUUGUGCUCGACUGUAGAACGACUCGAGACUUCAACCAAUCGCACGUUGAAGGUGCGAUUAAUGUUACGCUGCCAAGCCUACUACUUCGCCGUCUUAGGAAGGGUAAAGUUUGUUUUAAAACACUGAUACCCAGCGAACAUGGAAAGGAAAAAUUCGUAAAAAAGUCUAAAAUUGGGACUGUUGUACUGUACGACGAACGCACAUUAAAUUUAAACGAGAAUUCGGACAGCGUGAUCUGCUUACUUCUCAAGAAGCUGAAGGAAGAUGGCUGCCGUGUAUGUUAUUUACAAGGGGGAUUCUGCCAGUUUCGAGAGUUUUACCCAAACUCGUGCGAACAGAAAGACUGCGAAGACACGCUUACAAUAGGAAUGGAAGGUCUGAAUAUAAACUGCAACGAUUCGGACGUUUGUCCAGAAACACCACUUGACAAUAAUUUUCCAGUGGAGAUCCUACCCUAUUUAUUUCUUGGCUCAGCCCAGGACUCGAAAAACAUUGAGAAACUCUCCAAGCAUGGGAUAAAAUACAUUUUAAAUGUGACGCCGAACAUACCGAAUCGUUUUGAGAGGGAUGGAGAAUUUAAGUACAUGCAGAUACCAAUUAAUGAUCACUGGAGUCAGAAUUUGUCAGCUUUCUUUCCCGAAGCCAUAGAGUUCAUUGAGGAAGCCCGACAAGCCAAAUGUGGAAUUCUAGUGCAUUGCUUAGCUGGGAUAAGUCGGUCAGUCACUGUAACUGUAGCGUACUUGAUGCAGAAACUGGCGUGGUCGCUGAACGAUGCAUACGACUAUGUGAAGAAGAAAAAAGAAAAUAUAUCUCCCAAUUUCAAUUUUAUGGGACAGUUGCUGGACUUUGAGAGGACACUAAGCAGCAGUCCAUGCCGGAAGGGCACAUGUAAAUGUGCCUCAGAAGGAAGGAAAUGUCUGAGUCCGGAUACAGCUUUAUUUGCUUGUAUAUCAACAAUGGAACCAGAAUUUCAGUUUGACAUCACAACUCCAAGCUGAUCUCUGGGUUCAGAGAAUUCAAAAUAUUGAAAUCGUUUAUGAAAUUGAUAGAAGUGCAUCCAUAGCAAAAAGGAUCACAUAAUUUCACAGUUGGGAAGAGGAGAAGAGUAAUGAAAUGAAACGAUACGAUGUGUUACCAUAGCAAUGGGUUCAGAAUAGAGUAAACACUUAAGCUGGUCGUGUAUAGAUGAAGUUGGUGUACUUGUGUGC